UCAAAACUCAAAGUUUUGUGUUGUCGUCAAAAAUGGUUUGUGAAAAAUGUGAAAAAAAGCUUGGGAAAGUCAUAACUCCCGAUCCGUGGAAAUCCGGAGCUAGAAAUACCACAGAGGGAGGAGGACGAAAAGUUGGCGAAAACAAGCUUUUGACGCAAAAGAAAAAUAGGUUCACACCCUAUAGUCAGUUUGAGAAAUGUCGUAUCUGUAGGACAACUAUCCACCAACCACAUUCAAAAUAUUGCCAAGGAUGUGCAUAUAAGAAAGGAAUUUGUUCCAUGUGUGGGAAACAGAUAUUAAACACAAAAAAUUAUCGACAAACAUCAGUAUAAAAUUUCAAACAGUUUGAAAUUUGCUACAUUAAUAAUCUUACUAAAAACUGUUAUGUACAUAAACAUGAAGUGUAAACAAAUCAGGCAUUUUCUCACAGCCCCACAGGAUGGAAAAUAUCAAAAUUUCUUUUGAUUGAUAUACCUUUAUCGAAGUGAAAAUGCUUUAUGAGUUACAUCACACUAGAAAUUUGUAAAUACAAUGAUGUUUAUUUUUUUGUGAAAA